UAUAAACACCCAUGUGGGCCUUACUGACGUAUAUUUCGUGUUGUGGGUUUCCCCGUAGUCGGUUGGGAGUGAGUAUCUGAAGUAACGAGCUCUUUUUUAUUGGACGGAUCUCCGCAUCGAAGUAAAUUAAGGUAAGAAAUGGCGCGUACCAAGCAGACCGCUCGUAAGUCUACUGGAGGGAAGGCUCCCAGGAAGCAGCUGGCGACCAAGGCGGCCCGUAAAAGUGCGCCCUCCACUGGCGGCGUGAAGAAGCCCCAUCGUUACAGGCCCGGCACGGUGGCCCUGCGAGAGAUCCGGCGGUACCAGAAGUCCACCGAGCUGCUGAUCCGCAAGCUGCCCUUCCAGCGGCUGGUCAGGGAGAUCGCCCAGGACUUCAAGACCGACCUGCGCUUCCAGAGCGCCGCCAUUGGAGCGCUGCAGGAGGCCAGCGAGGCGUAUCUGGUGGGGCUGUUUGAGGACACCAACCUGUGCGCCAUCCACGCCAAGCGCGUCACCAUCAUGCCCAAGGACAUCCAGCUGGCCCGCAGGAUCCGUGGGGAGAGGGCCUAGGCUGGGGGCAGCGGGUUCUGCGUGACCCCCCCCCCCCCCAUACCCAUACUCUCCAGCCUUCUUGGAUGUGUGUUUUUAAGAGUCAUUUUAUUUUUACUUUUCUGUUUUUGUAACGCUCAGUUUAUUUUUAUUUUGUGAAGUGCAAGAUCAUUCUGUGGGAUUUCCCUCAGGAUGAUUCUGUUUUGAACCCCCCCCCCCCCCCCAGUGGUGGGCAGAAUGGUCUGAAGAGGGGAAGCUAGGUGUCAGAUUCCAGAAGUCCCAUAAUUCUCCAUUUCUCCGUGUCCUCCAUUUCAGAGGCGAUGCUGCAGGGGUCUCUGGCUGGCUCCUCCCACCUCUGGGAGCUGCUGGCCCAAGUCCCUGCAAGGGGCACAGCUGUGAUUGACAGCUGUGGUCAUGUGAUUGAGGCCCAGGCCUGGACCUCGUCCUGCAAUAAUCCUGCCCCCAGAACCUCUGAUAAAACCCCUGGACACUGUCACCACCGAUCUGUCUUUAUGGAAUGUGCAGGUCUGCUGAGUUCUGUGGCCUGCUUUUUAUACAUUUUUUUUAUUUUUUAUUCCAGUGCAAACCUUGGCAGCUAUAAUUAACAACAAAGUGUUUUCCUGUCACAUUGUAGUGUUUGUAUUAAAGAACUUUCAGGGUA